GCAGCGGCCGGGGCAGCCAGACUGGCAGGGAGGCACCGGCCCGAGGGCUUAGCUGGCACAGGCAGCAGCCUGGCCCGCAGCGCAUCCCUGUGACGUGUCUUGCAGCUAUGGCCAAGGACAUCCUGGGGGAAGCAGGGCUGCACUUUGACGAGCUGAACAAGCUGCGGGUGUUGGACCCAGAGGUCACGCAGCAGACCAUAGAGCUCAAGGAGGAGUGCAAGGACUUUGUGGACAAAAUCGGCCAGUUUCAGAAAAUAGUUGGUGGUUUAAUUGGGCUGGUGGACCAACUUGCAAAAGAAGCAGAAAAUGAGAAGAUGAAGGCCAUUGGUGCACGGAACUUGCUGAAAUCUAUAGCAAAGCAGAGAGAAGCCCAGCAGCAGCAGCUUCAAGCACUAAUAGCAGAGAAGAAAAUGCAGCUAGAAAGGUAUCGGGUUGAAUAUGAAGCUUUGUGUAAAGUAGAAGCAGAACAAAACGAAUUUAUUGACCAAUUUAUAUUUCAGAAAUGAACUGCAAUUUGACUCAUUUUUAUAGCAGGAAGGCAAACUACAGUAAAACAGACCAAACAAGCCUCCGUACCAUUCCGGUGACUGGCUGAGUCACGUCAUGUGAGCUGCGUUUAAGGAACCCUUCCUUGGAGGCAGGAAUACAAAGUUGGGGAAACUUGUUCUCAAGAGGGCCAAAGCCUCUCUGCUGUGGAUGGAGGCGUGGCCACCAGCCGUCCGGCACAAGUCCCCACCUCCUCGUGCUAAGUCUGAACUAAGCAAUCUGUAAAGUUUUAGCUUUUGUUUUUUUUAAGUCCACAAAACUUUGGGGGGGAAAGCAAUAAAUGACUUUUCAAAUGGC